UUCUGGCUGAUAUCCGUGGGCUUUGUUGGUAGAUAUUGACAUAGACAUGACUAAAGGGCUUGUGAGAAUCAGACUGGCACGUUUUGGGCGUGUAGACCAGCCAGUGUAUAACAUUGUUGUUACGAAGAAGAGACUGGCCAGAGACCAGAAGCCGAUUGAGGUGCUGGGGACUUAUAACCCGAUUGCGCCACCGCUGAAGCCAUGGGAGAAGAAGCAGAAGCCUGCGAAGCACAUUGAGCUGGAUUUCGAUAGAACCAAGUACUGGCUCUCGGUGGUGAUAUCUUCAACAUUCGAUGACAAAACGACGGUUAACACCUCAAUCGUCAAUGUUCUCAAGAAACCGAGCAGAGAAUUGCCUGAUCAGAGCAUGUUGAACCUGUCGUUACUUGAUCAAUUCAAGGAGCAAGUACAUUGGUCGCAAUUGGCUUAUUGCACUAUAUCUCCAUACUUCAAAACAGGUCCUCUAGACCAAGCAUGCAUCGUCUAUGACUUCCAAAAGAAGAAUACAGCCAUUGAAAAGCAUUUCAUGCCAAUAUUUAAUGGAAUCCAUAGUGGUACGGGUAUACUUGGAGUUGAUCAUGACGAUAAGGUUGUGCAUUUGAGCUUCAGAGGUACAAUUACACCUGGUGAUUGGAAAUCUGACCUCAACAUUGGCCAAUGUUCGUACUCCCCAGUCAUCUCAACAAUAUCGGACUCAUUCAAGAGAAAGCACAAGAUAAAGAGCAUUGGAAAUAAGAUGAGGCCAUGCGAUGGUUGUCUGGUACACUGUGGAAUUUAUAGGUCCUUUGAGAAGUUCAUACCAAAAGUGUUCGCCAUGGUUCAACCGUACUUGAAUGAUGGUUACUCCUUAGAGAUAACUGGACAUUCAUUAGGAGGUGCAUAUGCCCAAUUAGCUGGAAUGGAGUAUCGAGUCAUGGGUUAUCAACCAAAGGUGGUCACUUUUGGACAGCUGAGAAUCACAAACCCGAAAUUGAGCCAAUGGAGCGAUGAACUCUUUGAAAGUGAAAGAUUCGCAAAGCUGAUAGAGAAGGGCUCGCUGAUACUGAAGGGUUCAUAUAUAAGAGUGGUUCAUCAGUCGGACUUCAUCACGAGGUUCCCUCCAAGAAUCCACCCACUAAAGGACUUCUCACAUUCAGGUGUGACAUUCGAGGUGUUGGGGUAUGACUUACCACAGAACAUGUCUAACGUCUUGUUCUUGGGUAAAGGUGACCCUGAAAGGGAUUGGAGCUGUAAUUCAGACUUCACAUCGAUCAAAACGUAUACUUUAGCCAUAGCACACACUGCUUACUUCAUUCCAAUCCCAUUGCCGGCAUUUGACGAUCCUAUGGAGGAAAUACAGUGAGUCAUUCUUGAUAGAGACAAAUGUCUCAUGUUUAUUUGUGCUGUCAUUGUUUAAAGGUC